GAGAAGAAGCUUCAUCUCUCGACUCUCGACAAGACAUUUCUCCGCAGACGCUGCUUUAAUUUCUCUCUCUCUCUCUCUCUCUACUUCUGUUUGGAUUUUCUCUAAUCUUCUCUCUGUCAUUUCCCUUCUUCACCUCGGUUUCUAUUCUUCGAUUUCUUCCCUUUCUCGUUCCCUCAAAACGACGCGAUUAGAUUCGGAAUUGAAGAAGCUUCGUUGCGAACAGCUUGGAAUUGCAGAAGAAGAAUCAGCCGUCGUAGUCUCUGUAAGCCUCCCGGAAUAUAGGUCUAAGAAGACCACACAAAAGGCGUAUGGCCAUGGAGCAAUACUUCUACGAGGGGGUGGCACAACAUGAGGAGGACGGAGACGGAUCCCCACUGCAGAAGUGGAAAACCGUCUCAAAUACUGCUAUGAAUGCAGCGGACAAUAAUGUCACUGGGUGCUUCGACUGCAAUAUCUGCCUAGACUUCGCUCAAGAUCCAGUGGUGACGCUUUGUGGUCAUCUAUACUGCUGGCCAUGCAUCUACAAGUGGAUUCAUUUCCAGAGUGCUUCCACGGGAUCAGAAGAGCAGCAGCAGCAGCAGAAACCACAGUGCCCAGUAUGCAAGGCUCACAUCUCCCGCAGAGCCCUGGUUCCCCUCUACGGACGAGGACAAGACCCCACACAAACGGACACCCAAAGCAAGGCUCCCCAUGACGGUCUCAAGAUACCGCGUAGACCCCCUGCGUCCGCAUGUGGGAUUAUUCACUCUAAUCCUUAUCAACAAGCUGCUGAUCCAUAUCAACAUCAUCAACGAUACUAUCCACAGCAUUACAGCAAUUACAAUUAUUCAGCGGCAUCAUAUCCGUCUCCCGUGAUUAACCUUGGGGGCACUACGACGACGAGUGUCUUCUAUCCGGUGGUUGGGAUGUUCGGAGAGAUGGUCUAUGCAAGGGUGUUUGGAAACUCCCACACCAGCCUCUACUACCCUAAUUCACAGUAUCUUGUGGGGAGUGGUAGUCCCAGGAUGAGACGGCAUGAGAUGCAAAUGGACAAGUCGCUUAACAGAAUUUCCAUCUUCCUCUUCUGUUGCCUUGUCCUAUGCCUUCUCUUAUUCUGACUCGUCACUGCUCUUCUUUUCUUUCUUUUUCUUUUUCUUUUUUUUUUUUUUUAUUUACCCUUCCUCUCCUUUGUAUACUUGUAAAAAUGCGGGAUAUAAGCUUAUGAACAAUACAUAGAUACAUCAGAUUAAUUAUAUAUAUAUAUAUAAUAUACGUAUAAAAGUGUUAGAGUUUAGAGUAAUUUUGGGUGACCAUAUAUGUAUGAUAUAUGGCAAAGUCACAACUUUGUCUUUGUCAUUCCUGGCGGACGUGAGACGUGACCCUUCUUUCUGUCAAUUUAUUCUUUGCCUUGCAUAUUCAAGGCUUAAUUUUGA